UUACUUGCUUGUGGAUUUCAGGUGGAUUUGGUUGGGGGUUAUUAUGAUGCUGGAGAUAAUGUCAAGUUCGGCCUACCAAUGGCCUUCACCACUACACUAUUAGCAUGGAGUGUCAUUGAGUUUGGUAACUCCAUGCACAACCAGAUUGAGAAUGCCAGAGCUGCCAUCAAAUGGGGCGCUGAUUAUCUUUUAAAAGCUGCCACUGCAACCCCGGAUACCUUAUACGUCCAAGUGGGAGAUGCAAAUAUGGAUCAUCGCUGCUGGGAGAGGCCAGAGGAUAUGGAUACGCCACGCAAUGUCUACAAGGUAACUGCUCAAAACCCAGGAUCAGAUGUAGCAGCAGAGACGGCUGCUGCACUGGCUGCAGCUUCAAUAGUAUUCAAAGACUCCAAUCCCUCUUAUUCCACCCAAUUGCUUCAUACGGCCAUGAAAGUAUUCGAUUUUGCAGACAGGUAUAGAGGUUCUUACAGUGACUCUCUCAAAUCAGUUGUCUGCCCAUUUUACUGCUCUUACUCAGGCUACCAUGAUGAGCUUCUUUGGGGUGCAUCGUGGAUUCAUACAGCCUCACAGAACAGCACAUACUUGGCUUACAUCAGGUCCAACGGCCACACCUUGGGCGCAGAUGAUGAUGACUACACUUUCAGUUGGGAUGACAAGCGAGCUGGGACCAAAGUUUUGCUUUCCAAGGGUUUUCUAGAGAAAAGGACUGGAGAGUUGCAGCUAUACAAAGCACACUCAGACAACUACAUAUGUUCUCUAAUGCCCGGAACAUCUAAUUUUCAGGCUCAGUAUACCCCUGGGGGACUUUUCUACAAAGCAAGUGAAAACAAUCUGCAGUAUGUUACUACCACAGCUUUCCUCCUCCUAACAUAUGCCAAGUAUCUUAGCUCCAAUGGCGGAGUUGCCACAUGCGGUGGUUCGACAGUCAAGGCAGAAAAUCUCAUUUCACAGGCAAAGAAGCAAGUUGACUACGUUUUAGGAAAUAAUCCGGCAAAGAUGUCUUACAUGGUAGGCUUCGGACAGAGAUACCCACAGCACGUCCACCAUAGGGGCUCCUCUAUUCCUUCUAUACAUGCCCACCCUGAUCGCAUUGCCUGCAGCAAUGGUUUUCAAUACCUGAAUUCCGCCUCUCCCAAUCCAAAUAUCCUUGUUGGAGCCAUAGUUGGUGGCCCUGAUAGUAAAGACAACUUCGCUGAUGAUCGGAACAACUACCAGCAAUCUGAGCCAACUACAUAUAUAAAUGCACCAUUCGUUGGUGCUCUUGCUUACUUUUCUUCUUAAGCAAUCCCACCACAAACUAAUAACACGUUCAGUACCUGUGGUUGAGGAUCAUUAUCAGUCCCAUGUAAGCUUUAAAUUUUAAAGAAUCUUGAUUGGAAUAGAAAUAUGCAACAAUCUUGAUUCGUAUCCA